UCAUCGCAGCCGCUGUCGUCUCCUGUUCAGUUCAUACCAUCACUAACGCUCAGCGGAAAAAAGUUUAGUCACGGAAGGUAGAAUACUGAGCGUGUCCUCGAGGACGGCAAUAAAAUUCCGACUAUAAGUGCAACCGUGAAACAGUUCGCCGAGUACAAGAAUCGAUUAUUGCCAGCCAGUUUCAUUGUUAUUCAGUGAUUAGUGGAUUCGUGAAUGUGCAACUUUUUGCUGCAGCCGUAAUUCGCUGCCGCGGUGUGAAUAGAAGGAAAAAAGCUUCCGACAUAAGAAAACCGACGGUGACGUGAGUUCGGUCGAUCGGACGAAAGCGCAGGACGGCGAAAGUGAGCAAGGUGAAACCAUUCCCAGCAAUUGCUGUACCAUUCGUUUGUCAGGGUUUCCUCCGCUAAUCGUGUAGAGGGUGGUGCACAUUCUGAAGCACCGUUCUGUAAUUAGCGAAACAGACGGAAAAUAUAUCUAAUAACAUUCGAUCGUUCCGCUCCCCCAUUACUGCAUUCUUUGGAAGCAGAAAUAACAGCGACAGCCAGUCUGAAAUGGCCUCUACGACCGGUGUCGUGGUACCACGGAAUUUUCGUCUGCUGGAAGAGCUAGAAGCCGGUCAGAAAGGUGUUGGAGAUGGAACCAUUUCCUGGGGCUUGGAGAAUGACGACGAUAUGACACUCACUCAUUGGACGGGCAUGAUUAUUGGCCCACCUAGAACACCAUAUGAAAACAGAAUGUACUCGUUAAAAGUUGAGUGUGGAGAACGCUACCCCGAUGAUCCGCCAACUUUAAAGUUUUUGUCAAAAAUUAAUAUAAACUGCAUCAAUAGUCAAAAUGGAGUGGUCGAUCAACGGUUGGUACCUGUACUGAAUAGAUGGAAUCGUGACUACACUAUCAAGACAAUUCUUCAGGAAAUUCGUAGGAUUAUGACGUUAAAGGAGAAUUUGAAGUUAACACAGCCGCCAGAAGGUAGCUGCUUCUAGUGGUCUUAAUAAAAAAUUACACUGAACAGAAAGAAGGUCACGAGCUUUGCUCUUAAUGCUCUAUUUUGCGUCAUCGUCGUCGUCGUCGUUGUCACUAUCAUGGUUUGUAUGCGUGCGUGAUCGUUCGCUUUCUGCUCUACAGAUACAUCUAAAAACAGACACAGACAUUCUGCGUAGGAAAGACUACCAGAAUAGGAAAUACGCUAUUAUAAAAAAAAACAAUAGUCACUAUUACAACUAUACCGCUACUCUUGUUGCUAUUAAUUCUGAUGUUUUCCUAUACGUUCAUUUAAUUUAGAAGAUUAAUGCAAAUACACCCAAAAGAUCAGAGAUAACCAAGAACACUAGAAUGUCUAUGAUGAGCACUUUUAGAGAGCCGAUUUUUUUUCUACCAAGAACAUAAUGCGAAAAGAGAUUGAAUAUAAUGGAGAAAAUUUUUGUUUCGCUUCAGUUAGGUGACUUCCUCGGAGGGGGUGGGGGGUGUAGUAUUUUAAUUAUGGAAUUAAACCAAAUUGAAAGAACAACUUGAAAAUCAGUAGUCGUAUAAUCCAAUGGCUUCUAUCAUAUUGGUUUGGCGAGGAAGAAAAUCCAUAUUUUUCUUACUGGGUUCUUACCAGAUACACAAUAUUUGACCGGCAUUGAAGUUUCUCUGGAGUUCAAUACCGCUUUUGUCGCGGGUUAGUGCUUAGUUUGCCUACUUUCAGGGAUUUUUUGUUAUCUUUUGUGUAUUAAACAUUACAGACAGUAAAGUAGGUUACGACAACAUGGCAAAUAAUUCUCAGUCAGUAGAUUGUUACAUGCUACAAAAACUGCUUUAACUACAAAGUUUAAGAGUAAGAAACAACAAAAAAAAGUUUGAUGAUAGCUACCCCUAUUUAUAUCAUUUAAAAGCAGGGUACACAUAAUAAUUUCCUUGCAAGAUGGACAAUUAGUAGGAAACUACUGCGCUAUUAUUUGUAAGAGAAAAAUUCUGCAUUCCAUCUCUCUCUAUUCUAUUUGAACUAACAACUGUCCUUUAAUGGUGUAGCAAAGAACUGAAACGCGGGGAAGUUGACUAGUGAAAAUAACAUAAACCCAAACGAAUGAAGCACUCGAUGUUGAAGGUUGAUUUGAAAUGAUGUUCGUUGAAGAUUAGAUUUCUUCCACGGUUUAUCGAAUCACAACACUGGUUUAAUGAAAUUAAAAUCGUGGAUAAAAUAUAAAAACAAAACAGAUACACUGAGAAAAUUUAAGCUUUCGUUCUUUCAAAAACGAGGCAUACUAAGGUGAGUAAAAGUCUUAAUUACAAA